AUGUUUCAUAAUACAUUCCAAAGUGGAUUACUUUCUGUAUUAUACAGUAUUGGAAGUAAACCACUACAAAUUUGGGAUAAAAAGGUUCGAAAUGGGCAUAUAAAACGGAUUAACGAUGAAGAUAUACAAUCACUAAUAAUCGAAAUAUUGGGCACAAAUGUAAGCACUACAUAUAUUUCAUGCCCAUUGGAUCCAAAGAAGACAUUGGGAAUUAAAUUACCAUAUUUGGUAAUGAUUGUUAAAAAUAUGAAAAAAUAUUUCACAUUUGAAGUCCAGAUACUUGAUGAUAAAGGCGUGAAGCGACGUUUUCGAGCAUCUAAUUUUCAAUCCAAUACUCGAGUUAAACCAUUCAUUUGUACAAUGCCUAUGAGAUUAGAUGAAGGAUGGAAUCAGAUUCAGUUCAAUUUGGCUGAUUUUACUAAACGAGCAUACGGUACAGCUUAUGUGGAAACUCUUCGUAUACAGAUCCAUGCGAACUGUCGUAUUCGACGAAUUUACUUUGCGGAUCGACUGUAUUCGGAAGAUGAACUUCCUGCUGAAUUCAAGCUGUAUCUGCCGAUUAAAACUGGCACUCAAGGAGCUGGCUCUUCACCAACAAGUGACGAUGAUCCGACAGUCGCAACAGAUAGUCGCGUAUGA